ACGCAUCAAAAAAGUUCGACUCGCGUGGACAAAGCAAGCUCCUCCGGAAUGUGCCGGAAACAGCCGAAGGCUUCCUUCGGGGGCAGACGGACGAACAGAGGCUCAGACGGAGGACCCGCGCGUGGCCGCAGCCGCGCGUGCCGUCAGCUCCUGGUAGUUCGUUGUUGGCGACCAAGGGCAGUUUGUUUUAACCACAGAGCUUCUCCGGAUUUGAUUUUUCCGCCGCGCGUCGGGUCGCGCACUUUGCAAAGUGUGGAACUUGCGGCGGCGCCAUGAGGUGACGCGGACGUGUGCCAGGAUCCUGUCCGGUGAUGAGUCAGAGCCGUGACGGGGCGCGCAGCUGUGAGUCAACAAAACAAUAGGAGUUUUUAUUGAACAAACCAACGUCGACUGGCUCCACGACAGCAGAACCAGGAGGCCCGUUUGUCUGCUGGGCCCACGAAGCUCCAGCAGCAACAGAACAGAACGAGACUGUGCUGUAGAUUUAAGCAGACGGACACAGGUUUUGUCACAGCAGCUGAUCCACCACAGUCGUAGUUACACACGGUGCUCUUCACAGAAUCACACGGUUCUGACAGACGCUUCUCUGGAGUCGGACCGUAAACGACUGAGCCGAGACCACGGCCCAUUAAAUACCAGCAGGAGAGAAGUCCGGCUGAAGCCCAAUGGGUCCACAUCCGGUUCCCACCUAUCAGCUGGUUCCCACACAGGCAGUUAGAGGCCGGACACAUCCUCACAUUACAGCAAACAGGACGUGGAGGCCGGGAACCGGGCCGAUCCGGAUCCAAAGCCACUGAAACGCAGAACUAGUAACAGUAAACGAACACGAGCUGAAUGGCUUUUAGUCCGAAGCUGUGGCUGCAGAACAGAUUUUUCCUGGGUUCUAAGUCUGGUUCUAACUCCCGUCGUCUGUGGGUGUUUGCUCCAGUAAACCACGCGUGUGGCUGCAGAACACAGAGAUCCGUGAUCCGUCAGUGGGCGGCCCGGUCAAGGCCCGUUGACCAGGUAUCAGCCGUCCUCUGGGCUCCACAUCAGAACCCGUCGGCUCUGGAGGGAACGGGCUGCUCGUUGUCACAGAACAAAGAGCGAGGCGUGACUCACACCGGGCCCUGGUCCAGUUCUGCUGGACCCGCUACGCUAAGUGGAUCCUCAACAAUCAUGGUGAAGGAGAGUCUGCCGAGCUGGAGCCAGCAGGACCCGGACGAGCUGCUCCACGUCAACGUGGGCGGCCUGAAGAGGAGCCUCUGCUGCAGCACGCUGAAGAAGUUCCCAGACACCCGGCUGGGAAAGCUGCUGGCCUGUGAUUCAGAGGAGGACAUCCUGCAGGUGUGCGACGACUACGACGUGCAGCAGAAGGAGUUUUAUUUUGACAGGAACCCUGGUCUGUUCCCGUAUGUCCUGCACUUCUACCAGACGGGCAAACUCCACAUCAUGGAGGAGCUGUGUGUCUUCUCCUUCAGUCAGGAGAUCGAGUACUGGGGCAUCAACGAGUUCUUCCUGGACAGCUGCUGCAGCUACCGCUACCACGACCGCAAGCUGGAGAGCAGUCGGCACCGCAGCUGGGACGACGAGAGCGACGUCAGCAGCGUGGACACGUCGGUGGACGAGAUAUCGGACCUGAACAGAGACAUGCAGCAUUUCCAGGAGGUGAGGUGCGGGAACGUGCGUAAAUGCCUGUGGCUGACGCUGGAGAACCCCGGCUACUCCAUCCCCAGCAAGCUGUUCAGCCUGCUGUCCAUCGGCGUGGUGCUCGCCUCCAUCGCCACCAUGUGCAUCAACAGCAUCCCGGAGUACCAGACCUUCGACUCGGAGGGGAAGCUGAUGGAGCAUCCCACCACCCAGGCGCUGGAGGUGUUCUGCAGCUGCUGGUUCACCUUCGAGGUGGUGACGCGGCUGCUGCUCGCACCCAACAGGAGGAAGUUCUUCCAUCACCCGCUCAACAUCAUCGACGUGGCCUCGGUGGUUCCCAUCUACGUCACCCUGCUGUUCGACGUGACGGUCGGCUCUGAGCCGGAGCUGGGGAACCUGGGUCGGCUCGUGCAGGUUUUCAGGCUGAUGCGGAUCUUCAGGGUGCUGAAGUUGGCGCGACACUCGACGGGCCUGCGUUCGCUGGGGGCGACGCUGCGGCACAGCUACCGUGAGGUGGGCAUCCUGCUGCUCUACUUGGCCGUGGGGGUGUCCGUGUUCUCCGGCAUCGCUUACACGGCGGAGUACGAGGAGGACGUGGGCCUGGACACCAUCCCGGCCUGCUGGUGGUGGGGCACGGUGAGCAUGACCACGGUGGGCUACGGCGACGUGGUUCCGGUCACGGUGGUGGGGAAGCUGGCGGCCAGCGGCUGCAUCCUGGGCGGAACCCUGGUGGUGGCGCUGCCCAUCACCAUCAUCUUCAACAAGUUCUCGCACUUCUACCGCCGGCAGAAAGCUCUGGAGGCGUCGGUGAGGAACAACAACCGCAAGAAGAUGAGGAUGAGCUGCGAGAGCGAGCUGGAGGACGGGGAGGAGGAGGAGGAGGGGUCGGACGGGGACAGUCGGUGUCUGGACGACGACGACAUCGACUACGAGGAUGAAGGCGGCGUCGUGAACUACAGCUACGUGGAGCAUCCGUUCUACAGGUCAGCGGUGAUGAAGGAGUGAGGACGAGCUGCGGGAGUCUCCCACAUCUGACCUGAGGUCAAAGGUCACACACUGUCUGGCCCGUGUGAUGCCACCAAAGCUCAGCGUCCGUCGGUUCCGUGCGUUUAGUGCUGGACGUUUCCUGCCUCCUGACGUCUCGUUGUCACUCCUGCAUGUUGGACUCAGCAGAUAAACAUCACAAGCAUGAGGCAGAAGAACCGAUGACUCCGCUGCUGCUGAUGAAACGAAACACUGCAAAUGAAAUUCAGACGGACAUGAACAAAUGUGAAACAUGUAAAGUGAGUCACAGCCACAAAGACUGAAGAUGAAUAAAGUCGUAGUUUUCCCCUUAAACGCAUGAGAUGUCGCCUAAAACAUGGAAGAACGUGCAGUAAAGUGAUCUUUGUUGUGAUGCA